UACAAGCAACUUGAGGUGUACAAAAAUUAUGUGUGGAAACAUGAAUAGAAUCGUGCUGCUUUCUCUGAUGUCCUUGGCCGCGGCCACGCCGGUGAUCGUGAACCAAAAUGAAGAACCCUUCACGAUCAUGCAACUCUACAGCGCUCAUUUAGCGAUUGAUCGUUCUGAUCAGGAUAUUUCCGGCACUUCCGGCUACGGGGGAGGUUACGGGGGUGGUGACUACGGAGGUCACGGCGGUGGUGACUACGGAGGUCACAGCGGAAGUGGCUAUGAUGCUAGUUCCGGUGGACAUUUAGAAUCAUCUUCCGGCGGUUUCGACGGUGGUCAUCAGGAUUUCUCUUCUGGAGGCGGUGAUUUCGGUGGUCACGGUGGUGACGAUGGCGGUCACGGAAUCUCGUUAGACGCUGGACAAAAUUACGUUCACAGUGUUCCCGUUUCUGAGCACGUCGAAGUGACAAAGCCUGUAGCAAUACCAGUCUACAAGCACAUCGGUGUACCGGUUCCAAAAUCAGUACCGAUUCCCGUGCCGCAUCCGGUAGCAGUUGGUGUUCCGCAACCUUAUCCCGUCCACGUUCCCGUCCCAAAACACGUUCCCAUUCAGGUGAUAAAGACGAUUGCGAUCCCGGUCGAGAAGAAGGUUCCUUAUCCCGUGGAAAAACACAUUCCCGUACCCGUCGAAAAGCCAGUUCCUAUCACGAUCGAGAAACACAUUCCCGUCCCCGUUGUGAAACCGUAUCCCAUCAAAAUUCCCGUUUACAAGACCAUUUAUCAUCAUGCGAAGAAACAUUAGAGCACACCUGAUGAGAUUGUCUGUGGUACAUUUUUUUUUUUUUGAAACAAGAGGAACAGGGUAUAUUAUCGUAGAAGAGUGAACAUUAGUGAUUUGGUUUUAGAUGUGACAUGUUAUAUAAUAUUUGUUUGUUGUUUUUCUCGAUCGGCAAAUUCAAGCGGCGAAUUUCGCUAUUCAUUAAUUCAUGUUAUAUUCUUUUUUAUACUUUUCUUUGCAAAAAAGUUUUUUAGUACUAGAUAUUAUUUAUUCGACUUUUAUGCGUAUGUAAUGUUAUCGUGAUAAAAACUGUUAUAUAAGGAUCGAUCAAAACGUGAAAAGGCGAGACUUCUUUUAUCGAUCGAUUUCGCCUUGAUGAGUAGAAAGUACACGAAAAACUUAUUUUCCGUUGGAAUGAUUCUCGACUGAACUAUUUGUUCUUUGUAUAUAAAUGUAUAAGCGCGCGUUUCUUUGUGAACGCCAGCGCUAUCGACGCAUUGUUGAGUUACCUUUUUUUCAUAUUUGUUGUUCUAUUGUUUUUUUUAAAUAAAAUGCUUAUAAAACUACAC